AUGACAAGCAACUGUACCAUCCGUACCCAAGUGUCCUUGGAAGCACUGCGAAUUCCCACUCUCAUGUCAGCCAGGCAUGAAUGGAGCCAGUCGAAGCAUAGGGAGUUGGGAGAUGCUUCCACAAAGUCCCUCUACCAUGAUAUACACAGAAUACACUAUCUGCCAGACGCAGAGAUAACAGAGUACCUUGCAUUGCAUGGACUGCUGCAGAAAGGCAGCAAAAGCCCAGUUUCUGCAAGCUUCUUGCAUUCUCUGAACUACUCACGCACACCCAUUUGUCAGCAAGACACAAAUGGAAGGGAUUUUUUGUUAUUAAAAAACAGCACAGCUAAACUGAGAUCCCAGCAUUGCCAUUUAAGGUUCUCCAACCCACCUAUCCUAUUUGGAACAGAAUCUGAACUCCUGCUUUGUGAUUUGGCUUUUUCAGUGCAGCUUCAUUUAAGAGACUUUUAA